GCUUGACGGAAUCACCCAUGCAGUGCGCAACCAUCACCUAUGCUCUGACCAACUCCUAACUGCUUCCUCACGACCCGACGACGACCAACACGACGAUGACACGGGUAGCAGAGCAAGAAAACUACAGGCAAUGCAUGCCUUUCGCUCGGCAGCCAUUCAAGCCAUAUAUGUAGCCCAGCGGAUGCUCACCACUCUUGUCAUGGUCGUGUGGUGGGCCUUUUACUACAUCAUCAUGCCACGAAAGCAUCGCCCGAGACAAUCGUGGUCGCUCAAGCAGAUUAUAUGCGUCAACUUCACGCGGCGAAUUUACAAGGUCACCGAGCUCGCAGGCGUAACAUGGGGCACACGCAACCCGGACGAACCUUGCGAUAAUCGAACGCUGAAGGAGACACGCUUCGAAUGGAUUGAACCCCUGCCGGAGGAGAUGCGGUCAGGGGUCGUCGUCGACUCGCAAACGCAGUGCAAGCGGACGGGUGUCUUCGUCUGGCCGAAGGAUGCCCCUGAAGCUACUAUCGACAAGCCGGGACUGAAGGAAUCCCAGAUUGACUUGGCGGACGUGGAGGCGGGCGACGUGCCCGUCAUCGGAAUUUUCAUGCACGGCGGAGGCUACUGCCAUAUGUCUGCGCAUGAGAACGCACCGACGUCAAAGAUUCCCAGACGGCUCAUGAAGGACAAGGCAUUCACCAAAAUAUAUGCCGUGGAGUAUAGAUUGCUCCAGCAUGCGCCGUUCCCAGCUCAAGUGCAAGAUGCCGCGGCAGUUUAUUAUCACAUCAUGCAGCAGUACCAGCGGCCGGGUGUCAAGUCCACAGGAGACUCGGAGCGUUCAUCGGAUACACGAGUCGCGCAGGACGAGGGAGUGGUCAGGAAGGAUUAUCUGACCGCGGGCUAUAACCCGCAGGACGUGAAGGAUAAGGCGGAGAACGAGCACGCGAGAAGACGGGUGGCGCAGGCAGCUCAGAAUAUGCAUUGCAAGAUUGUGCUCAUUGGCGACAGCGCGGGGGGCAACCUCGUGCUUGCCCUUGCGCGCUGGAUUAGAGAUGAAGCCCGUCUGCCGCCUCCCGACGGACUACUACUCCUCUCGCCAUCCUGCGAUCCCUCGGACCUUCUGGGAGAACACCCGCUCGAGAUGAUGCACAGCCCAAAGUGCUGCGCGCGUUCUACGGGGACGCGUUCGCGGAGAGCGUCCAGGACCUCAGCAUCGGCGCAUGAACACCGUCGCCCGCGCGACGCUGCGCUCGAUGCCGAGUGCGCCGAGCACGCCCGUACCGAGCACGCCGUACGAGGGCGCGCCCUCGCCCGUGGACCUCGGCCGCAGCCGACGAGCCUCGAGCGCCCGAUCAUCGCGUCGCCCCGCGGGCUGAGCUUGUUCAGCGGGUUCCCGAGGGCGUGUGUCGUGCUCGGCGAUGCGGAGCGCUUGGAGAGGGAGGUCACGAAGCUCGUGGGCGCGAUGGAGAGGGAUGGGGUGGGGGUCAGGACGGUGUGGGUUAAGGAUGGGGCGCACGAUGUCCUCAUGAUGGGCUGGUGGGACGAGGAUGUGCGCACGAAGGUGUACAACGACAUUGAGGCGUGGUUGAAGGAGAUAUGA